AUUCGUCGAUACCGCCAAAUCUUGAUUUUAGUUACACGAAUGAAAGUAAACAGAGGACUCCUGAGUACUGAAAUCCCCGAGAGUCAACAGUCAAGAGCUCCCUCUGCUAACAGACUGAAAGGUCGUUGGCCGGCAGGACGGUCCAAAAACUCCGACAGACUGCAAACUGCUGCUACUACUCUUCUCUCUUCGCUUUCUCCGCCUCUCUCUCCUCUCUCUCCAAAAGAGCUACCACUGUACCCCAGCUCAAAACUAGGGUUUGUUCCUCUCAACCUGAACUUCCACUCCAGUGCCAACACAACACCUCUAACCAAAGCUCAUCCGAUUAGGCGUUGAAUAUCAAAACGAACUCUUUGUGUUCGAUCAAUUGUCUUCGCAUCUACUGAUAGUCUGGUUUUAUGGCCCUGCAUUCAUUCUCCCUGUGCUUCAGCGGCGUGCCUUCGAACACUUGGCCUUCUUCCUCUUCUUCUUCUUCUUCGUGUUCGCCUAUUUUCAGGCGAUGUUUAGUCAACGUAUCGGCCUUUUCUUCUCCGCCUCCCACUGCGCAUGCGAGAUGUCAACUGAAAGGAAAGGCAUUUCCGAGCACUGAGGGGGUACCUCAAGGAAAUGAAUCCCCCCUUGUGGUUUGCUUUGGAGAGAUGCUAAUCGAUUUUGUUCCAACAACAAGUGGGCUCUCAUUAGCUGAAGCACCUGCAUUUAAGAAAGCUCCUGGAGGGGCACCUGCUAAUGUUGCUGUCGGUAUUGCUCGUCUUGGUGGUUCAUCUGCUUUUAUUGGCAAGGUGGGGGAAGAUGAGUUUGGCUACAUGCUUGCUGAAAUUUUGAAGGAGAAUAAGGUAAACAGUGAAGGGAUACGCUUUGACCCUGGUGCCCGAACUGCUUUAGCAUUUGUCACACUGAGAAGUGAUGGGGAACGUGAGUUUAUGUUUUAUCGGAAUCCUAGUGCCGAUAUGCUGCUUCAAGAAUCCGAACUUGAUUAUGACUUAAUUAGGAAGGCAAAAAUUUUUCACUAUGGUUCCAUAAGUUUGAUAACAGAACCAUGCAAGUCUGCUCAUAUUGCUGCAGCGAAAGCUGCCAAAGAUGCUGGUGUGAUUUUGUCUUACGAUCCUAAUUUGAGGCUUCCUCUGUGGGAAUCUGAAGAGAGUGCCCGAGAAGGGAUUUUGAGCAUAUGGGAGAUGGCUGAUAUAAUUAAGGUAAGUGAAGAAGAGGUUUCUUUCUUGACUAAAGGGGACGAUCCAUCUUAUGAUGUUGUUGUUCGUAAAUUGUUUCAUCCAAAGCUUAAAUUGCUUGUUGUCACUCAAGGCCCAGAGGGUUGCCGGUACUUCACAAAGAAGUUCACUGGCAGAGUUACGAGUUUAAAGGUGGACGCAGUGGACUCUACAGGAGCUGGAGAUGCUUUUGUGGCUGGAGUAUUAGCACAACUGGCUGAGGAUGACACAUUGCUAGAGGACGAGAAGCGACUAAGAGGUGCUCUAUGGUUUGCAAAUGGUUGCGGUGCAUUGACUGUCAAGGAGAGAGGUGCAAUUCCAGCUUUGCCAACUAAAGAAGACGUGUUUGCUGCCAUACUUGGCUCAGGAAAUACGUUCUGAUCAACUGCUCUGUAAUUAUUCUACUCUGUAAGCAUUUUUCUUGUUUCGUUUUGAUGAUAUUGGGCAAAGAACUUCACAUUCAAGCAGAUCCAAAAAAAUGGCAUGCAUUUAUCCUAGUUUCAUGUGCAUUGUCUGGGAUUUUUGAGAACCUCCUCUUGUAAUUACUUUGAUCCUCUUUUUCUACUACUCCAAUAAGCAGAAUUUUGUAUCCAUGAA